AGACUUCUUUACCUUCAUGCCACCGCAGGGGUGACAACACACACGGAGCCAAAGAUCAACAAUACAGCGGUCAAACAUCAGCAGCCGCUCUGUCUCUCCAGUGAUCCGCUCUGCUCAGCACUUUCAGUAAGGAGAUUUAUUACAGCCAACCUGAAGACAUGAGUGGCACGAAGAAGAUGGAGGAUGAGGCGGUGCUGGACCGGGGGGCGUCCUUACUGAAGCACAUUUGCGAUGAGGAGGAGGUAGAGGGUCACCACACCAUAUACAUCGGCGUGCACGUCCCCAAGAGCUUCCGACGUCGGAGGCGUCACCGUCGGAGAACCGCCCACAAGGACAGAAAGGAGAGGCUGACGGAGAACGCCUCUGACAAGUCGGACACGGAAAACAACGACGAGGCCAGCAACAGCAUCCUCAAACCUCUCAUCUCACCUGCAGCCGAGAGGAUCCGCUUCAUCCUCGGGGAGGAAGAUGACGGUCCGGCGCCUCCGCAGCUCUUUACCGAGCUGGAUGAGCUGCUGUCAGUGGAUGGACAGGAGAUGGAGUGGAAGGAGACGGCCAGGUGGAUCAAGUUUGAAGAGAAGGUGGAGAAAGGAGGUGAACGUUGGAGUAAACCACACGUGGCCACGCUGUCUUUACACAGCUUGUUUGAACUGAGAACCUGCAUAGAAAAAGGCACCAUCAUGCUGGACUUGGAAGCUUCCACUCUGCCUCAGGUUGUUGAGCAGAUCACCGACAACCAGAUCGAGAUCGGCCAGCUGAAACCCGAACUGAAGGACAAGGUGAUGUACACGCUGCUACGGAAACAUCGCCACCAGACCAAGAAGUCCAACCUGCGCUCUCUGGCCGACAUCGGCAAGACGGUCUCCAGUGCAAGUAGGCUGUUUUCCAACCAGGAGAACGACAGUCCAACCACGACUCACCGGAACCUGGCGUCCAGCAGCCUCAACGACAUCUCUGACAAACCGGAAAAAGACCAGCUGAGGAACAAGUUCAUGAAGAAGUUGCCGAGAGACGCCGAGGCCUCCAACGUGCUGGUGGGGGAGGUGGACUUCCUGGACGCUCCCUUUGUGGCGUUCGUUCGUCUGCAGCAAGCUGUGAUGCUCGGAGCCCUGACGGAGGUUCCCGUUCCCACAAGAUUUUUAUUCAUCCUGCUUGGACCCAAAGGCAAAGCCAAAUCGUACCACGAGAUUGGAAGAGCGAUCGCCACGCUGAUGUCGGAUGAAGUCUUCCAUGACAUUGCGUACAAGGCCAAGGACAGACAGGACCUGCUGGCCGGUAUCGACGAGUUUCUGGAUGAGGUGAUCGUGCUUCCUCCUGGGGAGUGGGACCCGGCCAUCAGGAUAGAGCCUCCGAAGUCACUCCCCUCCUCUGACAAAAGGAAAAACAUGUAUGCAGGAGGAGACUCUCAGAUGAACGGAGACAUGCCUCAUGAUGGAGGUCACGGAGGAGGAGGAGGAGGACACGCUAUCGGAGAAGAGCUGCAGAAGACUGGAAGGUUUUGUGGGGGUCUCAUACUUGACAUCAAAAGAAAAGCGCCUUUCUUCUGCAGUGACUUCACCGACGCAUUUCACAUUCAGGCGUUGUCGGCCAUCUUGUUUAUUUACCUGGGAACUGUGACCAACGCCAUCACCUUCGGGGGUCUGCUGGGAGACGCAACAGAGAACAUGCAGGGUGUGUUGGAGAGUUUUCUUGGCACGGCCAUCGCCGGCGGUGUUUUCUGUCUGUUGGCCGGUCAACCGCUCACCAUCCUCAGCAGCACCGGUCCUGUUCUGGUGUUUGAGCGGCUGCUGUUCAACUUCAGCAAAGAUAACAACUUCGACUACCUGGAGUUCCGCCUGUGGAUCGGGCUCUGGUCAGCGUUCCUCUGCCUGGUGCUCGUGGCCACUGACGCCAGCUUUCUGGUCCAGUACUUCACCCGGUUCACCGAGGAGGGCUUCUCCUGCCUCAUCAGCUUCAUCUUCAUCUACGAUGCCUUCAAGAAGAUGCUCAAACUGGCUCACCACUAUCCCAUCAAUGCUGACUUCAGGAUGGAGGACGUCACGCAGUACGACUGCCUCUGUAUGGCUCCUGCUAUCAUAGAGAACAGCACAGAGAUCAUCGGUGAUCCUUUAGAAGGAACCUCAGUCUGGUACUGGAACAACACCGAUCUGCCGAUGAACGCCACGUGGUCGUCCCUCACAAGGACCGAGUGCUUGAAGUACAAAGGCGAGCUGGUGGGGAAGGCCUGCGAGUUCGUCCCAGACAUCACCCUCAUGUCCUUCAUCCUGUUCUUCGGCACCUACACCUGCUCCAUGUGUCUGAAGAAGUUCAAGACGAGCCCUUUCUUCCCCACCACCGUGAGGAAGCUGAUCAGUGACUUUGCCAUCAUCCUGGCCAUCCUCAUCUUCUGUGGGGUCGAUAUGCUCGUAGGAGUCGACACUCCGAAACUCAUUGUGCCAAGUGAAUUCAAGCCAACAAGUCCGAACCGGGGUUGGUUUGUGCCUCCAUUUGGAGGAAACCCCUGGUGGGUUUAUCUGGCGUCGGCUCUUCCCGCCCUGCUGGUCACCAUUCUGGUGUUUAUGGACCAACAGAUCACUGCUGUCAUCGUCAACAGGAAGGAGCACAAGCUAAAGAAAGGGGCAGGUUACCAUCUGGAUCUGUUCUGGGUGGCUGUUCUGCUCAUCGUUUGCUCCUUCAUGGGUCUGCCGUGGUACGUCGCCGCCACCGUCAUCUCCAUCGCUCACAUCGACAGUCUGAAGAUGGAAACGGAGACCUCGGCUCCCGGAGAGCAGCCCAAGUUUCUGGGUGUGAGAGAGCAGAGGGUCACUGGUGUGUUUGUGUUCAUCCUGACAGGACUGUCUGUAUUUAUGUCUCCCAUUUUAAAGUUCAUCCCCAUGCCUGUGCUGUACGGCGUCUUCCUGUACAUGGGAGUUGCCUCUCUCAAUGGAGUGCAGUUUAUGGAUCGUCUCAAGCUGCUCCUGAUGCCAGCGAAGCAUCAGCCGGACCUGGUUUACCUACGACACGUUCCCCUCAGGAAGGUCCACCUCUUCACCUUCAUCCAGGUGCUCUGCUUGGCUCUGCUCUGGAUCCUCAAGUCCACUGUGGCCGCCAUCAUUUUCCCCGUCAUGAUCCUCGCUCUGGUCGCUGUGAGGAAAGCGAUGGAUUACAUGUUCUCCCAGCACGACCUCAGCUUCCUGGAUGAUGUCAUUCCAGAGAAGGACAAGAAGAAGAAGGAGGACGAGAAGAAGAAAAAGAAAAAGGGCAGCAUCGACAGCGACGCUGAAGACGAGAGAAGUCCCAAUCAUUCCUUGAACGACACACAUCGUGCUGAGCAGCUCCGUUACUAUCAGGCCAACUGCUUGUCCAGCCCUGAGAUGAGUCCGCUGAAGUCUGUGCCUCAGAUUAGAAUAGACAUGGACCCAGACGAUGAUAAUUCGUUCUUCUGGAGGAGCAGAGGAUCUGAAACAUCUCUGUAGAGCACCGAACCACCGCCUGGCAGCCUGCAGCACCACAACACUCGCCUCCUCCUGCUGACUCCAACCAUUCAGUUAAAUCUCCUCCACAGUUUUUAAGACUUUCUUUUAAAUACGUGGCACUGGACAAAAAAAAGGGAACACAUCACCAGACACAGUAAAGAAACCUUUUUUUUUUUUCUGUUAUUACAACAUUUUCAACUACUUCUUUCCGCUCCGUCUUCUCUUGGUAUUUUUCUCACAACUCCACAGUCUUUGUGUUCAAACGCUGAUUCAUGUAACUCUACUACUCUUCUAUGCAACGACUCCUCCACAUAUCACUGAUCAACAGUAAACACUGCACUUCUCUGACCACGCAUGGAGUGCCCUCCCUACUCUUUUUAUAUAAAUAUAUAUAAAUAUCAUCAGUCUGAAUUUUUAUAUAAACCGAAUUACUCUAAUAACAUUUUCCUGUAGCAGGAAAAUUAUGUUUUUUAUAGCUCUACCUCUUGUUUUAGAUUCAAUGCUUAUUAUGAACAAAUGCAACAUGUUGAUUUUUAACGCAGCAUGGGGUUUUGAUAUUUUCUCUCUGUCCUCUUGUAGAGUUGAAAUGAUUCCAGAGAUUCACUGUAUUAUAGCUUGACAAGAAAUGAAAUAGAUAUUUAAGUUAAUUAACAGUUAAUUAACACUGCACAUUUGUAUGUGCACAUGAGGUAAAUAUUUUUAUCAUCACUUUUUGAUGCAGUUUUGAUUGCUUCACCUUCCUCUUUCUAAUUUUCUGAAUCUUUCUUUCACUCGUUCACUUCAAAGCUUUUGUUACUCGUUUAAAUUAAAUCAUGUUUCCUUUUUUUUUUUUGGUUUUUGCUUUUUUUAAUGAUUCGUUGUGUGAAUGUCGGUAACGUUUCUUGUGUCUUUUUUUUUGUUCUUCUUUUCUUUCUUUGCGUGUAGAAGACAGUUCAGCGAUACAUAAUGAUCCGAUUUUCCUCAGCCAAACUUAAACUCUAACUAGGAAUGCAUAUCAUAAUUGCUUGUGCUGCACAAACUACUUUACCUAAGUGGCUUAUAAGAGAUUGAUCCAGACGGAAAUUCAAACAGUAACGAUUUGCAAAAGGAUUACGAUACAGGAAUCAAAUCCACGUAAGCUCUGUGCAGUGGGACAGCUUCAGUUCACAGUGAGGUCAUUUCUGUUUUUCUCAGCUGGUGUUGGAAUUAUCUGAUGUGAACAUGUUUUUUUUCUUUUUGUUUUAUACAUUGAAGGAUGUGUUUGGCUCCUAAUAAAACUUUCUCACAGUCAUGCAGCUGUGCUAAACAGGAACUCUGCCUCAGCUGAAGAGGUUUAACCUUCUUUUGAGUCUGCAUGUGUGAACUUGGGGCUCAUUUGUUGGCUGCUGUUGUGUUCUGGCAGCUUCCAGGUGAUGAACAGCUCAACAAAGAAACACAAAAAGGACAUUUCACGUUACAACACUGUCAUUGUUUUUUGUCUAGAUUUGCAAACCUGUGUAAGCAGAGUUCUUCAUAGUGAACAUGUGACACAAGAGAGUUAUAUUAAACCCAAACGCAUCCUUUAAAAAAACAUUCACAGUUGAUACGAGUUCAUCUCCGUCAAGGCAGAACAUGUAAAAACUCCACAUUCACCCCAUGUUUGAGCAUUUCCUACAGAGUGGCCACACAGUCUAAGAAGAAAACAAAGACAAGUUUCCAGUUUAUAUCAGCCUUGUGUAUUUCCUAUUAAAUGACGCUUUGUUUCUUUAAGCGUCUCGCUGACUUUGCACCUCUGUUGUAGAGAGUCAGGGAGACGAUGAGUCGCACAAAAUGAUGGUUAUCAGAGCAAAAACGCAACUCUGGCCAGUUCCAGAAGACAGAAAACCUUAAACACAUGUUGCAAAAAUUUUUUAAAAUGAAAAAUGAGUCUUUUUUGUGUCAGAAGGUGGCGCUGCAGGCUGCACGUGGAGAGCAGAAGAAGCCAGACAUAACAGCAACGUCUUUGUCAACCACAAAAACACAAACAAAGCUUUGGCUGUCUGUGAAAAAAAAAUAAUGUAGAGAAGUCUUCAGGAAUACUUUUUUUUUUGUAGCAAGAAAACGUGCAUUAUUCUUUGGUGUCGUCUGGAGUCUCUAGAAGCAGAAACAGCUGAUCAGUCAUUCAAGUCAAAUGCUCACCACGUCGGCGCUCAAAAA